AUGCGGCGUGCGUGGAUUUCUAUGCGGCUGCCACAGUGGCGCUGCAUGUGUCACGGCAAAACAGCCCUGCUUUCCAAACCAUCGUCUACCAGCGCGAGCGGUGACGUGAGUGGUGGUAGUGGUGGCGGUGGCCAGGCAAAGUCAAGCAGCACUAGCACUAGCAAUAGCAGCGUUGGAGGUAGCGCAGUGGCCGCGACAUCUAUCGCACCCGGGCCGUAUCGUGUUGUCGGCAACAUAUUUAUUGUGCACUGUAAUGAUCACCCCUUCAAACACUCGUGGGAGAUAAACCGGAUGCUGCGGGAACUGCGUCUGGAGUUCAAAGGACAGACGACAAUUGUGCCUGACAUUCCGCAGGUGAGAAAACAGCUCUGGCGGGUACGACACGUGGUGAGGAUUGAUAUGCUUGAUCUUGACGAGGCAAAGGCUCUUAUUGGCGUGCCGGAGCACAUCAGUUUUGGCGAUCUUGCUUCACAAAUCCCGGUGUCUUUUGGUCGCGUGCGUGCGGUGGCGAAUCCGGUACUUCGCAGCAAAAUGAACUUCAUGAAACUGCGUCGGAUGCGGCUUCGCGAUGUGCUGCACCGUGACGCUCUUGAACUGCGCAUCCUUGAAGAACGACGUAAGGCACUGGAGGCGGCGCAGCGCAACGAGGAGCAACAGUCUUCACCUCCUAUGGGGCAGACACUGAAAGAGGAGGCGUCUCACAGCAGCUGA